CGGAAGCGGUAUAUGGUGGCACCGCCAGCUCUGGAGCAAAUGGGCAGUGAAAAAAUGACGUUUUGACGUGUUACUAAAAUCCGCAUGAAUGUUUUGCAAUUAAAGAAUCAUGAAUGAAGGCACCCGGGAAUCCGCGAGAUGCUGUCACUGAGCUAAGGAAGCACUCACAGCGUGAAAAUGUCGUUUUUUCGGCGGAAAGUUAAAGGAAAGGAAGCAGAGAAAGCGGUUGAUCCGAAAGCAGGCAGAGCAGGCUCUGCGGUGUCACUCAGCUCCCCCUCAAGGAACCACCAUGCCAUCCUGGAGGCAUCCGGGCCGAGCCAUGUGGCCAUCAGCGCCAUCUCGGCCAACAUGGACUCGUUUGCUCGCGGCCGCACGGCCAUCCUCAAAAAGCAGCCCAGCCACAUGGAGGCGGCCCACUUUGGAGACCUGGGUUGCUCCAGCGUGAACUUUCAGACACAGGAGACACGUUCACGGCUGUCCAAGACGGUGGAGCAGGUGCUCCGUGAUGCUGUGGCGCUGCCCUACUUCUUGCAUUUCAUGGUGACGCGCUCCGCCGAGCACCUGGCACGCUUCUGCCUGGAGGCCGAGAGCUUCCGUUCCACCAGCUGGUCUCGCGUACGCGCUCAUAGCCUCAACUCGGUGAAGCACAGCUCCCUGGCCGAGACCACCGGCACUCUGAGAAUCUCAACAUCUCCAGACUCGCCGCCGGCUCUCAACGCCUCGCUCGGCGUAGAGGAAGGAGAAUACGGGGAAACUUUUACCUCAAGCCCCCUGGAAGAUAAUUCUCAUUGCGGAUACUCCGUUAAUCACGAGGAAGGCUUGAGGCUGAGUCGACGCCCCUCAACUUCCUCAUCAUCCUCCAGAACAGGAACUCCGGUUAAAGGCCCGGCACCGAACGCACUCCACGAGCUGUCUGAAAGGCUAAUGAAGAGUAUAGAGCGGGACGCAGUCACCAUUUUCACGAAGUACGUGUCUCCGGACGCCUCUAGGCCCAUCCCGAUCACCGAGCAGAUCCGAAACGACAUCGUCGCUAAAAUCUGUGGAGAGGAUGGACAGGUGGACCCCAACUGCUUUGUUACUGCGCAGUCAGUAGUGUUCACCAUUAUGGAGCAGCAGCACUUUAGCGAGUUCUUGAGAAGCCAUUAUUUUUGCAAGUACCAGAUCGAGGUGCUGACCAGCGGUUCAGUGUUCUUGGCAGACAUCAUGUUCUGUGAGUCUGCCCUGUUCUACUUCUCCGAGUACAUGGAGAAGGAGGAGGCAGUGAACAUCCUGCAGUUCUGGAUGGCCGCCGAUAACUUCCAGGUUCAGCUGGCCGUAAAAAAAGGACAGUACGACGGACAGGAAGCGCAAAACGACGCCAUGAUCCUUUAUGAUAAAUAUUUUUCACUCCAAGCCACAAAUCCUUUGGGGUUCGGCGACUCGGUUCGGAUGGAGAUCGAGUCGAACAUCUGUCGAGAGGGCGGUCCUCUGCCCGACUGCUUCAAAACUCCACUACGCCAGGCCUGGACCACCAUGGAGAAGGUCUACUUGCCAGGCUUCCUAUCCAGUGACCUGUACUACAAAUACUUGAGCGACCUCAUCAAUUCCGUACGGGCGGACGAGUUCGUGGUGGGAAAUUCGGCGUCGUCGGGUCAGGGCGCGGCCGCGGACAACGAACGCAGCUCAGCCACCUCGGAAGGGUCGCAGACCCAGCAGGGCUCCAAAAAAGUGGCUGUGAAAAUCCUAAAGAACUUUGACGAGGCGAUAACCGUGGACAUUGCCAGUCUGGACCCCGAGUCUCUGUAUCAGAGACCGUACGCUGGAAGAAUGACCUUCGGCAAAGUCAACGAGCUGGGCCAGUUCAUCCGGGAAGCCGAGCCAGAACCAGACGUCAAGAAAUCCAAGGGUUCAAUGUUUUCCCAAGCAAUGAAGAAAUGGGUGCAAGGAAACACAGACGAGGCUCAGGAGGAAAUGGCCUGGAAGAUUGCUAAGAUGAUUGUCAACGAUGUCAUGCAGCAGGGACAGCAGGAAAACCCACUACCAACACCCAGUCAGCUACAAAGCCUAUGACUCUGUGUUUCAACGACGAGGGAAGACUAGCCCUGCUCCCAGCCUCCCUGCUGCCGUCAGAGCCAAAAAUCUGGAGAUCAAACCGCACACAGCAUUUCCCCAACGGAGAGUUACGUAAUAAUGAAGCUAAAAACAAAGUGCUGCAGCUCCACAACCUCCUCUGAAGUCGUGUGUGUUGUGUGUGUGUGUGUGUGUGUGUGUGUGUGACAGGAAGAUGUCUGUAUGUACACUUGGGUUCAUGUGACCAACAAUUCAAGCGUUAUGAAAGCAUUAUGAAGGCUUUAUUUUAACCUAAGAAGAGUUUAAAAAAAAAAAAGAGAGAUGACUUCCAGAACAAAAUCCCAAAUAGACAGAGAUCCAGGACGAAGACGAAUCCGCUGUGUCGUGCUGUUACCAUGCCAAGCGCAUCAGAACCUGAACAAAGUCACCGGGAAGCCCGGGUUACACCGAUCCCUUUCCCAGUCCUGGUUUCUUAUCUUCCCCGAGAAGCUUCCUUCCUCUCUGUACAGAGAGUUGUGUCUUAAGUGUUUUUUUUUUUUUUUUUAUAUAUAUACAUAUAUAUAUAUAAAAAAAAGUGCAAAGAUUUACAAGUAGUGGCUAUGUACAGUUUUAUUUGCAGGCGUGUUCGUAUGGCUGCACCGUUAAACAGGACCACAACGGCAGGAUUUUAUCAUUGAGGUUUUUUCGAGAAGAUGAACGGACCAAUGCGUUUGAUUUAAACCUGACAGAUAAAGCUGCAGCUUCAACUCCACUCCGUGUCCACUCCAGAAUCAGCUCCUUCUCUGUAGUCUUAUUCCAACAUGGACAAGUGCUAGUGCAAUGUUCAUCCCCUACCUACAUCUCCAGUCUAUGAUGAUGUAGAUUUCUGGUUACGAAUUAAUGUAACUUCUUUUUUUUUUUUUCUCUCUCUUCUUUUUUUUAUGGUGAGUGUCUUUGUUUCUUACUUUCUUUUCUUUUCUUUUCUUUUUUUUUUUUUUUAAUGAGUUGUCAAACACGUGUGUGUCUAAGCGUAUUUGAGCGAUGCUUGUUCUUUAGGAAUAGCAUACUCCGAACACGCAAGGACACAGCUUCGGACCUCGUCGAGAUGUGGAGAAGAACCAGAAACAGACGGACUUUUGGUACUAUGUACCAUUUAUUAUGUUUUUCUGACAUGUAUGUGUACUUAAUCUAUAAUAUAUUUAAAUUGUGUUUGAUUUAAAUACAUAUAUUAUUGAAA